AUGCACCCAUACGACCAAGCGUCUCGAAUGGCCUCUGCCGAGGAAGCCCUACUCACUGUCUUCUCGUGGCGGUGUUUUCCCACCAAAAUCAUGCCCGGCCCCAAUCCUCAAUUACUAAUUCCUAUAGAGGCGUUAUGCGAGUAUGAUGUGCAAGAAAUCAGCUUGGACGGAAGAGAAUUGCUAGAGAAACCACCCACUCCUGCAGAACAUUUCCAGAAAAUUUUAAAUCGUAUCGAUUUCUCUAAAACCUACGAUGAUAAAAGUGUAGCUCAAGCAGAUCGAACUGAGACCGAUAAAAGGUCAUUGGAGCAUGUUUCUCCAAAGCUUUGGGCGUCGGUUCGAGAAGCAACUCGGUAUGGUGGCAAUAUUUUUCUUAUCAUUCACUUCAGCAUGGCGUUGACAGAAAUCAACGCAUUUAUUGAUAUACUGGCUGUUAUCAAGGAGGGCAGAUACUUAUCUGUUUUCCCUGUUGCCAGUGAACAACCAGAACCCAACUGGUCCUUGGUGCUUGCCGGUAAAAAAAGGGCCUUAUCCACAGCGGCUGAAAUAUUGCUCAAAGGAACGGAACGUUUGCGACGGCGGUACUCCGAAUUGGCAGAUGCCCGGUCGCGCAUAUCAGCCUCAGCUACUGGAGAUAGGAAAAAAUCAACACAGGGGGGAUCAUUUCACAAAACUCUAAUGCAACUGCGUCAGGAAUGGCGUCUGAAAUUACAUCAGAAUACCAUUCUCGGAGAUGUUAGCCUACGCCCUAUUGGAUCUCGAUUCCGUGAAUCAGGAAACUUCGAGGUUCGAGAGUCGGACUUGUUGGCCCGCCAGAAACCGGGGUCAGAUGCGACAGCCUCAGACUUCGGUGGUAGUGUCGACGUAAGUGCUAUAUUCAGUUUGAUUUCAUCUGAACCCUUUGUUAUACAGAAUGCGCUCCCCUUAAUUCGCUUCCCUUGCUUGUUGGUGUUAUUAAGCCUUCCAGUUUAG